GGGCUGACCGGGGGCGGUUAGGCAUCUCCAGCUCCGUCGCCAUCUCCAACCUUCAGUAAACCCCGUCGUCGUCUCUUCUCGUCUCCCCCAUCAGGUAUGUCAGACACUUUUACGAGGCGAGACGGGCUCUGCCGCUGCACCUCCUAACGCCAACGGGCUGGCUGCAUCACGAGGGAGGCGAUGCUAGACCGUGCUUCUGACACCCUUCCAGAACCCGGGACUCGAGCUGCCGGUCAGAUGCACCGCCUUGAUUGACACGAUGCAUUCUCGCGCCUGCUGGUGACUCGGUACCAAGUCCUCAAUGUAUACCAAGCCCUUCACAACCCAGUCUUUUCUUAUACCAAGCCCUCUCCAGCUUAUCCUAUCCGGAGGAUAGUCAUAUAACUCCGCAACACAAACCCAACUCCACUGCCCAUAUUAAAUACCCCUUCGCGGAGUCUCUCCCGUUCAAGAUUUGUCCUCCUCCAGUAUUACCCCGUAACAGAACAGCAGGGAGAGGGCCUCUGCUUGUCCCACAGUUACUAUGACCUCCUCGCAGCCCAGUGUCGACCUGGAGAAGGAGUUGACUUGCUCGAUCUGUACCGAAAUCCUUUACCAACCCUUGACCCUCCUCGACUGCCUGCACACCUUUUGUGGUGCUUGCUUGAAAAACUGGUUUAGCUGGCAACUGAAGGCAGUAGAAAACGCGCCCACUCCGAGAUCUUCCAGCUCACGAAUAUACACCUGCCCCUCAUGUCGUGCGCCGGUUCGAGAUACCCGCCAUAAUGCUACCGUAAACACUCUGCUCGACAUGUUCCUAGCCGCGAACCCGGACAAAUCAAAGCCCGCCGACGAGAAAGAGGAGAUGCGUCAGAACUACAGACCCGGCGAUGACGUCCUGCCUAGGGUACGUGUACCCGAGAGGUCGUCCGAGGACAGGCGGCUCCAGGAGAUAGAGAGGCAGAUGCUAGAACAAGCGCGGCAGAUGAGUCUGCGGGACGCUGGUGUAGAUCCGGCCGAGGGGUCUAGAGCGAGGCGACGCCGUGACCGCAGCCGGUCCGACGGCGAGAGGAGCAGAUCAGACAGAGACGGUAGCCGAGAUGCACGUCGGGAGCCGCGUGACUAUGCUCGGAGGGACGACACACACCGGCGGCGGGUUGACCCGAACGGAUUAUUACUGCCCGAGCCGUCAUCGGACGAGCGACGACGUCAUCGUAGUGAAUCGCGACAUCAUGCGCCUUCGCGUGAUUCAUCUCGGACGAGGAGACAGGUGGAACAUCAGGCGUCGAUACGAUCGCUGAUUAGUUCGUCCGAUGUCGACUCUCGGGACGUGGAACGGGAAAUAGAAGAGUUCGCACGCCAGAUCCAGGAAGAAGGUCUUCUAGACGGCCUAGACUUGGACAAUAUCGACCUAACCCAAAACGACGAGCUGAGCCGGAAAAUCACAGACGCUUACCGGCGGCGACAGAGGGAUCGAGUCCGUAACCAACAGCCCAGGAGGAGCGAUCCUGGUUUGCCCUCCCGCCCGGACGAGCACCUGCGCUCUGCCUCGCGGCCUGCCCCGCUAGAAAUAUCCCGGCCGAGCAGCCGGCAGCGAUCUAGCUCGGCGACGACUAGGCCACGGAGCUCCACGGCUCAGAACCACACAGACGAUCGGAACCGCCCUCCGGUUAGGUCGACUCACCUGGAGGUUCACGUCGCUCCGGAAAGGCGCCAGCGGAGGACUUCGAGCAGUUCUAGGAGCGCAACCGAACCUGUACGGCCAAGGACGGCGGAGGCGAGACCAGCUGCCCGAUCACAAACCGACCUACCCUUGAGAUCUCAGGGUCCUGGCACACCAUCACAUCGUCCAUCCAUGUCCGAAUCGAUGGCUGCUGGCAUGCCCGUCUCGGGCCAAGCCGGACAGUCGUCGACGAGUAGCAGCCCUCGACCCAGGGACCUCUCCUUUAGCGAACGAACCUCCACUGCGCAGAUUCCGCCUGCCUCCUCUCCAGAGGCCCAAUCUGAUGAUUCCGCUCCUGUACACCCCAAGAAGCGACGGCCUUCGAAUCUGGCUGCCCCACAACCCCCUCUGCCCAGUCUCGGACUUAUCAAAUCUUCGUCGUCCCAGCAGGCACAACAACAGCGAGCACGAUCCCAAUUUUAUCAAGAGCCGUCGGUCACAUGUUCACGUUGCGAACGGCGGCACAUCGAAUACGAGCUUCAUUACCACUGCUCGCGGUGCGCGCACGGCGAGUGGAAUAUCUGCUUGAACUGCUACCGCUCUGGGAAAGGAUGUCGCCACUGGUUCGGGUUUGGAUACGCCGCUUUUGCGAGAUGGGAAAGGGUGCGGGAAAAGGCGCGUGCUGAGGGCGAGGAGGACCCGGAGCCGUCGCAUAUUCUCACCCCAUGCCGCUACAAGCCGCCCAAAUACACACCGGGCGGCGCCGAGGGACGGAGGACGCUUACAACGGACGACCCAUCCAAACGAUUGGAAAGCGGCGAGUUCUGUGCGCAAUGUCUCGCUUGGGCUAAUGACUGCAUCUGGCGAUGCCUAUCAUGCAACGAGGGCGAGUGGGGGUUUUGUAACAGCUGCGUGAACCAAGGCAAAUGCUGUACGCACCCUCUCCUCCCGCUGGCGUACGUCGAUCCCGUGGCAACACCCCACAGCUCACCGAGCAGGGCCCAGUUCUCCGAGUACCCGCGGGGCGGGGCUGUCUCUCCCGGGCUCAACAGCAUCAGCCUCGGCGACUUUAAGCCGCUUACCUUUACGAUGUCGUGCGAAAUCUGCCACGAGGAAAUCCCUCCCGACCACCAGAGAUACCACUGCUCUCGGUGCCUUAGUACGACGGCCCCGAACGCGCAGCCGGGCGACUACAACAUCUGCACGGACUGUUACGCUGGCCUCGUCCGGGACGGACGCAUAUCUAACGAGAAUGGCCACGGCGGCUGGAGGCGUUGCUUGAAGGGCCAUCGAAUGACCGUCAUCGGCUUCAGCGAGGCUUCGAGCGCUCACAGACGCCAGGUGAUCCGAGAGAUGGUCGGGGGCCACAGCCUACGCAUCAGCCCUUCCGAGGACGGGGCGCCGGACGGGGCGCCGGACGAGGAGCACGAGCAGGGGCCCCGCCUGGAGAAGUGGUCGUGGAAGGGCGCGGACGGGGAGCGGCUCGAGAGGCUCGUUACCGUAGACGUGGCCGCGACGGGCCCCCCGUCGGAGACGGAAGAGUUCCCGCCGGACGGAGGCGUGGGCACACGAGCUAUCGCGAGGUGGUCCUGGCUCCCGCAGCCGGGCGCCGACGACGAGCUCCUCUUCCCGAGGGGGGCGGAGGUGCAGGAGAUAGAAGACGUCAACGGCGAAUGGUUCUUUGGGCACUACAUGGGGGCGGAGGGGCUGUUCCCGGCGCCGUACGUGGUAGCCCUCGAGGAAUAGCGGCAGCGAUAGCGGCUACUACGACUACGAUAAUUCCCCCGAUAAUGUUGAUCCACGAUGAUGAGAUGAACGACCUGACGGUACGGGACAGGGGAAAGGAAGGAAAAAGGAGACGUAUGUAUGUGUAUAGGUUGUGAGCAUCGUGUGGUUAGUAUGGCAUGGCAUAGCUGUUGCCGUUGUGCGUAUCCCUUUUCUGUCUGUUCUUUUCUUUUGCGUCUAUCGCAUCUAGCAUAAACCUAGACGGGCCCUGGAGGCUCGCGAGAACAGUAUACCUAUACUUAUAUGCAGCGUGUCGCGGACCUCGUCUCGGGCCCUUUUAAGCGAUCUCACCUACUAUCAGGUUAGUUGGAGGCUUGAUCACGACGGCAGCCGGGUGGUACCUAGCUACAUGCCCGAGGUGGGGUGGAGAGGGGAGCGGAA